CCACUGUUCCCCCGUCUCUUCACAUUUUCACAUCUGAAGAAAAUGUCAGUCCCUGGCUCAUCUGAGACUAAUGAGUCUACGAUUGUGGUCAUUGGGUAUGCUUUCAUUACGAAGUCCUCCCUAAAUCCCCUGCUAACACUAACGUCCCAGUGCUGGCAUCAUCGGUCUUACCAGCGCCCUCAAGAUCCAACAACUAACCGCCGACUCACCAUCAACUUCAGUCCUCCUCGUCGCAAAAGAAUGGCCAACUUCAAUCCCCGGUGCACCAACAACUCACUCUGCAGACUAUGCUUCCAUGUGGGCUGGCGCUCACAUUCGACCCAUCCCCGCCUCAACGCCACAGUUGCGUCGUGAAGCCAAGUGGGUGAAACACACUGUCGCUGAGCUUCAAAACCAUCAACAGACUGAACCUUGGGUUGGGAUCAGACGUCUUCCGGGGAUUGAGUAUCUUGAGGACCCUUCGCCUGAAUAUUUGAAGCAAGAUGCGCAGAGCUUUGCAAACGAGACUGGACUGCCGGGAUAUCGAAAGUAUGAAGCGCAUGAGCUACCUGAGGGUGUAAAAUUGGGAUUUGAGUAUGAGACGUAUUGUAUCCAUGCGCCGUUGUAUACUGCUAGCUUGCUGCGCAAGUUUAUUGUACAGGGUGGAAAGACACUGCAGAGGGAUCUGAAGAGUGAAUGGGAGGCUUUCAUCCUGGCACCUAGUGUCAAGCUAGUCGUGAAUGCGAGUGGGAUGGGCUUUGGAGAUAAGAAGUGCUUCCCCAUCAGAGGUCAAACAGUGCUGACCAACCUUACCGCCGCCGACAAAACAAUCACAACUCAAAAGAAAGACGGCACAUGGAGCUUUAUAAUUCCUCGUUCCUUCAAUGGAGGAACAGUCAUUGGCGGUACCAAAGAAGUGGGAAACUGGCAGCUCGAACCAUCACAAGAAACACAGAGUCAGCUACUGAAAGCUGCUCAGCCAAUCAUACCACAGGCAUGCGACAAGAAACAGACACCCGAGACGAUAAAAGUUAUCAAAGAUGUCGUUGGACGAAGGCCAGCUCGCGAGGGUGGUAUGAGAGUCGAAACUGAAGCUAGGGAUACUACAUGGGGCGUCAAGCAUGCCAUUCAUGCUUAUGGGGCUGGAGGACGAGGAUUCGAACUGUCUUGGGGUGUUGCGAGUGAAGUGGCUGAACUUGCGAGCGAGAUAUUGGAAUCGCAAUCUAGUGUUAGACCGAAACUGUAGAAUCUGGGGAUCUUGGUGGGAGUUUGUGUGAUUCGGGAUAGUGAUGGGAAUGAUUUGGCUUCCUAUGCCGAGCUUCGGCCAAUGUUACUGACUGACCGAUCGUGCAUUAUGAUAGUCUUCGCAUUACCUCACGAAAAUGGGGGAAUUACUUGGCAGAUCGCUUCUAAAAUCAACACCAUGUCAAGUGCGCCCUUAAGCAGGUG